AUGGUAGAAGCAAACAAGUUCACGGUCCAGGUCGAUGAUGGUGCCAAGUUACACGUCAAGGUGUUCGGACACGACCCAUCCGGCUCCAAGCCUCUACUGAUGGCCCUUCAUGGAGCACCGGGACUGUUCACUCAUGCGGAGCCCGAGGCCUGUUUCGCCCAUCUCUCUUCACUCUUCCAAGUUCUGGUCUUUGAUGGAAGGGGAAGUGGUGCGUCUGACAUGAGUGGGCCGUUCACACAUGAACGCUGGAUGAAGGACAUCGACUAUCUCAGGGCCUGGACACAGGUAGAAACGUUUGUACUUGCUGGCCAUUCUUAUGGCGGCUUUCUCGCCCUUGACUAUGCUGUCAACCAUCCAGGCCGCCUGAAGGGCCUGAUAUUGAUUGAUACGUGGACGGUCGGAACUUUGGGCGCGAUGGGUGUUCUGGCCAACAUUUUGUUGUCGGAUCGGGUCAAGGUGGACAAGGAUCGUCAGGUCCGCGUCUGGUCCGGCAAUCUGCUCAACGACGAGGAUUACCGGGAUGCGAUUGCAGAACUGCUCCCCUUUUAUGCACCUCCUGAGCACGCUUCGUUGAAGAGGACCUCGGAUUCUGGGGACCAGGUUACUACCUCUGGCGAAUUCUUUGGCCCAGGUGGCAAGUUUCAUUUCAAGACCCAAAAUUGGGCGUUUGGUUAUAACAUGCCUCGUUUCGACGUUCGACAGCGACUCCCGGAUAUCAAAGCUCCUACGCUCGUCGUUGUCGGACGCUAUGAUUAUGUCACCCCGGUGAGCUUUGCUGAGGAGAUGGCUAAAGGCAUUCCAGAUGCACAGCUGGAAGUGUUUGAGCACUCAGGACACAGCCCACAGUCGGACGAAACCGACAAGUUUCGCAAAUGCGAUUUCCAAUACCCGACGUGCGGCGCCUGUGCUUCUGCUAGAGUGACGUGCUUGGGGUUCGAUCCGCUUCGUGGUUCCGACAAACCUCGGAGCAUGGUCCGUCAUCUGGAGGCACAAGUUGCCCAACUCGAGAUCGACCUCGCUGCGAUCAAGACCCAAGCACAGCCUGAUGGCGUGGAUACGAUAACACAGCUCGUCGCAAUGGCGAUUGCGGAACCGACUGGCCGAACGCGCAAGCAAGAGCCACUCCUUCCCCUGACAUCAACAUAUUUCCUCUCUGAUGCACCUCUACCUCAGUUCAACCAGCAAGCUUGGGACGAGUCAGAGAAUCUCGAAUCGAUGGAUCAGUCGUGGCGGCCUAUGGCCAUCUCUUCCAUUCCUGUCCAUGUCAUUGACGCCAUGCUGAAACACUACUGUCAGACAUAUCUUCCUCAAUACCCAUCGAUUGCCGAAGCAGAUCUGUACCGAGCCAGGGAUAGGGUGUAUGAGAGUCCAGAACUCAGCGGCUAUGACGCCUUCGUCAUAUGCAUCACUCUGGCCAUCAGCUCCAACACCCUGAGCUACAUUGACGAGAAACGGGCGGCGUCAACUACAUACGGUCUCUGGGCUACCGCCGUGGUUCACCUGGAGCAGGUUGGACUGACUGCCUCGUGGGAACGUCUCCAAGCGCUGCAGCUUCUCACACACUACGGCUUUCUAAAUCCCCAACAUGUGAACGUCAGUCAUUGUGCCUCAGCUGCCAGUAGAAUGGCAUUUCAGUUCGGCUUGCAUGAAGAAUUGCCAAUCCCUCGACAGAUGAAACUGAGUUCAGCAGUCUUGAAUACGCGGCGAAGGAUGUUCUGGAAUGCGUAUGGCAUAGAUGCGGCUGCUCACGUCGUUCGGAGUCUGCCAUACCAAUGGAAAAGGUCCGAGAUCACAGCAAAGUUCCCGGAGUCGGAGUCGCUAGCAACACCAACACACUCUGCUCAUAUAUGGUCGCUGAGAGAGAUAGAGUGUGAUAUCACUUUCGGUUUGUACCAUUUCGACUUGCCGCUUACAGCUCUCACUGGCCCUGGUUCGUUCGAGGCAUGGCUUGCGCAAAUGCAAGCCCAGCUCGAUGCUUGGUACCAAAAAGUCCGCCAGAGUGUCAAUCUGACGGAAAAAAUUGAGUUCCACGAAGUAUUGUUUCAAGUUCAGGUCUUGAGAUUGAACCGACCCUCUCCACGUUGCCCUGCACCGACCAAGGAGAUGCACAAGAGAGCUCUGAAAGCGUCGAUAACUUUGAUCAAAGAAUUCAGCGUGCUUGAUCGAUUAGGAAAGAUGUUCAUGCUAUGGCACGCCGCUUUCUGUGUCAUAGAGGCUGGGCUGUACCUGCUCUCAUCUAUCCUGAUCAGUCUUGAAACUCCCACUCCGGAUCGUCAACACCUGGAAGGAGAGGAUGUUAGCAUCCUGACCAGAUACGUCAAGACUUUUCCGGUGCUCUUCUGGAAAAUAUCUCGUCGAUGGCCAUCCGUUUUGCCACACGCGUCCACCCUCGACAAUCUUUCCACCUCGGUCUUGGAGGUAUUGCAACGGUGGUCAGAUGGGCAGGACCCGUCAAGGAUUGAGACUCUCUCUUUGAGAGAAAAAAUUGAUCACAUGACCAGGUUUCCUUUGACACCAUCGCCAAAUCAAACGGCUGCAACUCAUACUGUAGGACCUGAGGUGCUGUUACAGUACCAGCCGUCGGAUACAUCCUCACAGCUGCUGGGAGCAUCUAAUUCUAUCUUACAGACUUCGAAUAUUCAACUCUCUACUGAGCCCGAGGGUCCUUCUAACACGUCCGCGUGGUUAGGCAGUCGAUCGAGCCUAGAUCCCAGUCUUCCCAUAUUCCCAGAAACCUACCCGUUCAACUACAUCGACCCAAUGGUAUGGGACUUCUCUGGACUUGAUUCGGAGGAGAUCUUUGCUGCAUUACUUGAGGAAGCUUGA